UUGUUGAACGUUUUUAGACGAUGGCAAAACAUCACCCAGAUUUAAUUUUCUGUAGAAAACAGCCAGGGGUUGCCAUUGGUAGAUUGUGUGAAAAAUGUGAUGGAAAAUGUGUGAUAUGUGAUUCCUUGUUGUUCUCAGGUGAUGGCAAGUGUGUUAUAUGUGACUCCUAUGUCAGACCAUGUACACUGGUGAGGAUUUGUGAUGAGUGUAAUUAUGGUUCAUACCAGGGAAGAUGUGUCAUUUGUGGAGGCCCAGGAGUUUCUGAUGCUUAUUACUGCAAAGAAUGUACCAUUAUGGAAAAAGAUAGAGAUGGAUGUCCAAAGAUUGUCAAUCUAGGAAGUGCCAAGACAGACUUGUUUUAUGAAAGAAAGAAAUAUGGAUUCAAAAAACGAUAGAAAAAAACUACUUCAUCAUUCUGUACAUAAUCAUGAUUUUAUAAGUAAAAUGAUAAAAACUGAAAAA